AUAGAAUGUCAAAUUUUUGCCUGCUUUUUGCAUCCUAUUUUCCCGGUGUAUAUUGUGUAUAAAAAUAAAAUUGGCGUCCUCAUUAAAGUGAUUUGAUCACUGUUACCCCGCCAUUACCCUCGAAUCUUAUAAAAUAAAAUACUCAAUUUAGUUCCGCCGUAUAUACACUCAUUAAGCGGUGCGCUAAAGAGUUAGUUAAAUUAAUUACCUAUUGUAAUUAAUUGCUCUGCUUUUCCUCGUCAGUCGCUACAUAUAAUGUCUAUUAUUAUCGGGAAAUAACAUAAAGCAUUAGAAUCAUAGUAGAAGUAGGUCGUUAGUAUAGUGCCUAUAGCAGUGGCAGUGAUAUUUGGUGGAAGGAUGGCUGAUCAGACGUCAGUGCUGGCUCUUGUGAUCUUGGCGGUCGGAGUCACGGUGCAUUUCUCGCUACACAAGGUCGAGGAGGGCCAUGUCGGAGUCUAUUACCGGGGUGGUGCUCUCUUGCCGGUGACAAGCCAGCCCGGGUUCCACAUGAUGAUCCCCCUACUCACAUCAUACAAAGCUAUACAGACAACCCUUCAGACAGAUGAGGUGAAAAACGUGCCCUGUGGCACCAGCGGGGGUGUGAUGAUUUACUUUGAAAGGAUUGAAGUUGUCAAUAUGCUGGAACCAAAUACAGUUCUGGACGUAGUGCGCAACUUCACCGCAGACUACGACAAGACACUCAUCUUCAACAAGGUGCACCACGAGCUGAACCAGUUCUGCAGCGCGCAUAGCUUGCACGAGGUCUACAUAGACCUUUUUGAUCAGAUCGAUGAGAACCUCAGAACAGCUCUCCAAAAGGACCUGAACGAAAUGGCGCCAGGGCUCCGCGUGCAGGCCGUGCGUGUCACCAAACCAAAGAUCCCAGAAGCCAUCCGAAAGAACUACGAGCUCAUGGAGGCCGAGAAGUCGAAGCUCCUCAUUGCAGCUCAACAUCAGAAGGUUGUAGAAAAAGAAGCAGAGACGGCUCGGCGCAAGGCGGUCAUCGAGGCUGAGAAAGAGGCGCAGGUGGCCAAGAUCCAGUAUGAUCAGAAAAUUAUGGAAAAGGAAUCUCUACAGAAGAUAGAACUCAUUGAGGACAGCAUCCACAAAGCCAAGCAGCAGACCAAAGCUGAGGCAGAAUUCUACAAUCUCAAGAAACAGGCAGAGGCCAACAAGCAAUUAUUAACCAAAGAGUACUUGGAAUUGAAGAGAUAUGAAGCGCUAGCUAUUAAUAAUAAAAUAUACUUUGGCAGUGAUAUUCCAAGCAUGUUCUUGCAGGCUAAUGUUGGUGAAAAUGUUGCAGUUCCAAACCCACAAAGUGUUCAAGUGGAAUGAGUAAUAGUCACUCUGUCAAAAUAACUAGUCAGACAGUAAGUCAUACAGGGAGCAAUGUUUUGACAAGGAAUUGAAGGCCCUAAGUAUUGGCCCCAACACCAUGUGUAGCUGUGGAGUGUUGAGCUAUUUUGGGUGUCCAUGUGAUAAUUUGUAUCAUUAGGAGUAGUUUACAUAGGCCCGUUUCUGUCUGUUUUAUAGAAAUAAGAUGUAGAUGUUAACAGGCUUUACAUAUUGUUUUUUUUUGACUGAUUACUUGGUUCAAUUCCAACUUAAGUACAUAGAUUUUGUAUGUAAACUUAAC